GCUGUAAGGGCAAAUACAUUUCUAACGGAAAAAAAGAGAGUAUCUAAACUCAAUAGCUAUCGGACUGAAUUGGGAAGCUGCCUUUAAAUUCAAUGGAAAUGAAGCAUCUUUCCUCUAUUGCCAACGACGUCAUUUGUAGAUGUGCCCAGAAGUUGGACACAUCUGUGGAUAAACUAGUGCAUGAAUUCGAGGCUGGAUGGGAGCCUGAGACGGAGGGAUAUUCGAGGAAGUUAGUGGAGUUUUGCUGCUCCAAGGCCCUCACCGAUAUGUGUAGUGAAUUAGAAGAGAAGAUCGAGGAUGGUUCUUUUAUCCGGUUCACGUUUGAUAUGAUGCUGGCAUGGGAAAUGCCUACUUCAGCAGAAGAAGAGAUACAUGGAGAGUCGUUGGCGAAAGAAAAAGAAGACAAAAAAGUGGUUUCUGAGAUGCCUCAGGAACAAGAUGACAUCCCUUUGUUCUACUCAGAUAUCUUGCCGUUUCUUGUUAACCAUAAACCAAGUGCUGGAGAGGAUGCUUUCUUGUGGCUGUCGACAAUUGUACAUUUAGUAGCUGAUGUUGUUAAUGGAAGAUUCACUUUCGAGACUCUAACAGCACCUACAGAAAAUCGACUGCAUUUUCCUGCUUAUAACUUAUUCUUGAAGGAGAUCAUAAAGUGCAUAAAGCAUUUGCAAAAGCAAGCAACUCCAAUAGGUGUGGACAUGGCAGAUGACGAGGUUAUACUACACGUGGAAGGAACUGCAAGUUCACAAAGAAUAGUGCGACAUAUUGGAGGGACAAGUUGGCCUGGUAGGCUGACACUAACAAACUAUGCCCUUUACUUUGAGGAAUCUGGAGUCAUCUCUUAUAAAGAUGCUAUUAAGCUCAAUCUUUCAGAAGACUUUGAGCAGAGUGUCAAACCUGCUGCUACAGGCCCAUGGGGUGCUCCGCUCUUUGACAAGGCCAUAGUUUAUGAAUCUUCUGAACUGGAAGAACCGGUUGUCCUGGAGUUCCCAGAAAUGACAAGCUCAACAAGGCGAGACCACUGGCUUGCUCUAAUAAAGGAGGUUAUAUUGUUGCAUCGGUUUUUAUGGAAGCUUAAGGUUGAUUCACCUUCAGGAUCACAGGAGAUGCACGCGAGAACAGUACUAGGGAUUAUAAGGCUUCAUGCAGCUAGAGAGAUGCUUAGGAUCUCGCCACCAAUUCCCAAGAAAUUCUUGAUCUUUGAUUUGCUUGAUGAGUUGCCAAAGGGAGAUUAUGUGCUUGAAGAGCUUGCCGAGAGUCUGAAGAAAGUUGACAUUGGACACACAUGUAGUGCUAGUUCAAUCUUGAGAAGCCUGAGUAUCUCCCUGUUACCGGUUCCAAGUGAAGCGGCAAAAGAAAUUGACGACAACAGUCGCCUCCCCGUCAAAAAUGACUCUGUCUCAUCAUUGGAGAGUGCUAUUGAUCAAGCAAGAGAGGAAGCAAAGGAAAUUGAAAAGGCCAAAGCUACUGUUGAGGAGCUGAAAGGAGAAGGAAUGGGGAACAGUGUCCAGGUUCUUAUGGGUCUUCUCAAACCGUUCGGGAGGUUAGUGCCUUAUCUUCAAGAGGUAUUUUCAUGGGAAAGACCAUUAUGCAGUGGUAUUUUUAUGCUGAUAGCGCUUCUUGUUAUUUACACAGAGUGUGUUGGCAAAGCAAUAGCAGCUCUCUUACUGGGGACAGUUGCUACAAUGCUAUGGGCAAGGCAAAGAGGGAUAAUAGACAAGGCAAAUAAAAUAGUUAUCUACACUGGAUCUGAUCAGACGACGAUAGAAAGUAUAGUGUCAGCACAACACGGACUAAGAAAUGUCUAUGACUUGGUUCAGAGCAUGAACAUAAUACUACUCAAAAUCUGGUCCAUAUUGGUUUCAAAGGCUCCAAAGGUGGUUACAGCAUGCAGAUUUGGUAAUGGUGGCAAUGGUUGGUGCGGCUGUAAUAUUAGCGGUGGUUCCUUUCAAGUUUAUCCUUAUGGCUUUGACAUUGUGCCUCUUUGUGGCGACAUCAAAGAUUGGGAAAUACAUGCAAGAUGAGAAAGUAGAUCGGAGAUUAAAGGAGUGGUGGGACUCUAUACCCGUCGUGCCAGUUGAAUUUGUGGAAAAGAUACCUGAUUCAUAAUAUUGGCUGGUGUUUCCUUUGAUCUCUACGAGAAUGAGAUUACAUAGUCAGUGUUGGUAAAAGGAACUCUCUUGUAGUUGUAGAGUACAUUGGUGAGUACAAGAAGAUUGAGGUUGGAAGAUUAUUUUGUAGGACUUCACAUUGAUUUUUUUCUUACUUUUAUGGAUGUGAUCUGAAGCAGGGAGCAGAGUACACUAUGCUUAAACCACAGAUUCCCAAAUUAUUUUCUUGUGUCUGUAUAGUAUAUAGUUUUCAAGUUAUA